UGCGUUGUUCGGAUUGGGGGCGUGUCUCCAAGCGCGAUCCGUAGGACACAUUCCUUUUCCAUCUGUUAUCCAGGGACACUUUUAACAAGGACUACAUGAAUUAGUAACGUUAGUCACGUAAACGCCUGUCUCUUGGUGGUGUAGAUUAGACCGCCUUCACAACAUGUGAGUUAGAUACGUGCGCGAUAUUGUCUCUGUCUGUGAGGGUUUUCAGCUGUAGCAGCGCGCUUUCAGUUCCUCUUUCCACUGAAGCUGAACGGGCCCGUCUCAUCUCAUAAUACCCUCAAACAUGGAGCACACCGGCUGCGUCAACAUCUGCAGUCUCACCAGCACCUUACCGGUGAUCCCGUACCGGAAACUAACGGACCUGCACUACAUCAGUAAGGGAGGCUUCGGGACCGUGUUCAGGGCUCAGCACAGCGACUGGCGCACCACGGUGGCGAUCAAGUGCUUGAAACUGGAUUCACCGGUUGGUGAGAGGGAAAGGAACUGUUUAUUGAAGGAAGCUGAGGUGCUUCACAAAGCUCGGUUUAACCACAUCAUCCAGAUCUUUGGGGUGUGUAAUGAGCCGGAGUUCUUCUGCAUUGUGACGGAGUACAUGACCAACGGAUCACUGGAUGAGAUCCUGCAUGAGAAAGAUAUGUACCCAGCGGUGGCCUGGCCACUGAGGCUGCGUAUUCUUUAUGAGAUCGCUUUAGGAGUAAACUUCCUCCACAAUAUGACGCCACCCCUUUUACACCAUGACCUUAAAACUCAGAACAUCCUGAUGGAUGGGGAGUACCAUGUUAAGAUAGCUGAUUUUGGCUUAUCUAAAUGGCGCCAGCUCUCUAUCACUAAAGGGUCCAGCUCCAAACCUGCUGAAAUGGGAGGCACGGUCAUCUAUAUGCCACCUGAGGAGUACGAACCGUCCAAGAACCGCAGGGCUGAUGUCAAAUAUGACAUGUACAGUUACGCCAUCAUCAUGUGGGAAGUGCUUUCAAGACGGAUACCAUAUGAAGAGGCCACCAAUCCCAUGCAGAUUAUGUUCAGCGUUCUCCGUGGAUCACGACCCGACACGGGCCUGGACAGUCUGCCAGCAGACAUCCCCAGCCGAGAGACCCUUAUUAACCUCAUGACCUGCGGCUGGACCACCAAACCAGAUGAACGGCCCUCCUUUCUCAAAUGUCUUAUUGAACUGGAGCCCAUGAUGAGGAGAUUUGAUGAGAUUGAUUUCUUGGAAGCAGUGUUGGUAGUCAAACGAAGUAAGUAUAUGAGGCCAUCAAGCUGCUGCUCAUCGACUCAAACAAACGGAAAAAGAAUUGAAGAAAAGAUUGUGAAGGAGCAAAAUGUCCCUUGGCCAGACAACAGUUCCACAUCUGGAUCAGGAUCCUGCUCUUCCCAGGAAGCAGAAAUGUCCCAUCCAGGCUUCCUUACCAUAUCAAAUCCCUCUCAAGGUGUGUCAGGUGCUCAGGCUGGUCCGCAGCCAUCAUUAAUUUCCCUUCCACUUGAUCCUCCAAAGCCUCUUAUGGACCACUGCUCUCGGAACAACCUCAGUCCCGAAUACCAGACGGCGCAGCCUGUGUCCGACCUCAACAUACCUUUUAAACUGCAUGCGCCUCAGAGUGAAAUCGACCUGGCUCUUGCCAUACAACCCCUCACGCUGCAGACACACCCACAAGAUUUUGUCACAGCAUCGGACACUCAAGGUCCGGCGACUCGCUGGAUUGCUGGCCGAAGGGAGGACAUCGUGCGGCAGAUGACGGAGGCGUGUCUCAAUCAGAGUUUAGACGCUCUGUUGUCCCGUGAGCUGCUGAUGCGUGAGGACUAUGAACUGGUCGUGAACCAGCCCACGCGUACCGCCAAAGUGCGGAAGCUUCUGGACACUUGCGAGCGGCAUAGCGAGGACUUCUGCCGCGUGGUGGUGCGGAAGCUCCAGGACAACAAACAGAUGGGCCUGCAUCCCUUCCCUGACCUUAGCACCACCAGCCCUCCGCCGCCACCUUAUACAGCCCCCAGCGCCCCCUUCCUCUCCAACUCCUUCAACAACACACAAAACUUCUGACCUUCUCCCAGCUCCCAAUCACUGCUCUUGAACCAGAGCUCCGUGAGUCCUUCUUUCAGUUAAGGAUGGUUCCUGUUCACACACUCUUACAUUUGUUUGUGCUGCUUGGCCGAUACUUUGUGUGCCUGGACAAGUGCUUUUGCCCCUGUGGUUAAGGUGUUGGUGCCUAUGACACACUUUUUAUGGUAUCAACGCAUCGUACAAGGCCGACAAUGGUAAAAUAAUCACUUGGCUUGUGUUGACGUAAUGCCUAAAUCCUUGAUGAAAGGGAUGCAAAUUUAAGCAGUACGGUGAUUUGACAUGGUCAUGUUUAAACCUUUAUUCCAGCCAUCAAAAGAAUCUGGUUGCUACUACUUGGAAAAGCAGUGAAACGCCUAAGCAAUCGAUCCUGCACUUUUUUUUCAUGCCAACGAACUUAGUAAAAUAGAAGAUUUGAGGUAAAGUUAUAAAGAAAAACACACCCUCCUGUAAUGCCAAGUAACGUCCAUAUUACUGCACAGUUACAUGUCUGGACUUGAUGAAAACUCAUGUGAAUCGGUGGUUUCGUUCUUCCUUGUUUCCCGCAAUGGCUGUUAGAUGUUUCGCUUUGUGUUGAAUUCUGUGUUAGGGUUGGUGGACAGAUGCAGACCUUAGUCAGGGUAGAUGCAGUUAAGGCUUUGAUGGGUUUAAAGUUACAUUGUAUUCAAUGGGUUCAAUCAACAAAUACGUCUUGAGAAUUAGACAUCACCUUUUGAACAGAUGGUAUGUUGCAUACUGUGUAUCAUGUCCCUUUUUCAUUUGCAUCACAUUAAAUAAGAAGUUCGAAAUAAAGUCCAUUGACACACAAGUGGUUUAAUGGUUUGGCCAUGCAGGGAUAGUUCACCCAAAAAGGGUUCUGUCAUCAUCACCCUUUUUUUUUAUCAGUGGGGUCCAGUGUCGAUUUGUUUUGGACCCCAUUGACUUAUUAUACAAAAACAGAAGAAAGAAAACUCGUAUAAAUACAUGAGGGUGAGUGAAUGAUGACUUACAAUGUCACUCAAAAAUGAUUUUUUUUUUUUUUUUUUUUUAUCCUUUAAAUUACACCAAAAGGUUAACUUUGACAUGUUUGGAUUUUUGUAGUCUUUUGGCAGAUUUGUCAAAAUAAUUGUUUUUUUUUUUGUUGUUGUUUGUUUAUUUUGCCCAGCUGGCAGUGACAGACUCAACAAAUCAAGCUCUUUGUCUGACUGUUUUUUCCACUGAGCCAAUCAGAUGUCAUUCUUUCCUUGAUGACUACUGUAGCGUCCUGUUCAUAAGCAAUAUUAGACAUUUGAUGAAGCCGAAUCAAUCCAGGCUGAAUAGGGUAGCACACUGGAGUCUAUAAUGAUGGAGUUCACACAAACUGGCUGAAGCCAACUUUACUUGCAAGCCUUUUCUUCUCUUAUGUUUUUGUUGUUCUCAGAAGGCAUGUCAGUCAAGUAUGGAAGCCCGUUUCCGCCACUGAACAAAAAAUAAAGGCAAUUGCGACUUUUUAUCUAACAAUUCUGACUUUUUUUCUUGCAAUUUUGAGUUUACCUCUUUCAAUUCUGACUUUUUCUCUCAGAAUUGUGAAAGAUAAACUCACAAUCGCGAGUUAAGGUCAGAAUUGUGAGAACUCGCAAUUCAGACUUUUUUCUUAUAAUUGCGUGAUUUUAAACUCGCAAUUGGAGGUUAUAAAGUCAGAAUUGUGAGACAAACUGACCAUUCUGAGAAAUAAACUCAGAAUUGUGAGAUAUAAACUAGCAAUUCUGAGAACAUAUCAGUCCUAUUUCCCCUCAAAAUUAGGACUUUAUAACUUGCAGUUAAAAAAGAAAAAUGUUUGAUAAAAGUCAAAAUAACCCUUUUUUUAUUUUUUAUUCAGUGGCGGAAACGGGCUUCCAUAGUCAAGAGCAUUAAUUCAAUAAUAAAUUGGAUAACCAGCGACCUGCUUAUUAAACCGUAUGUGGCCCAGAGUUGUUCACACUUCAGUUUAGUUAAGUGUCUUGGGUCAUUCUUUCUUAGUAAGCAUUGUGCCAUCUACACUAUGUAGCCUAGUUUGCACUGGUUAUCAUUGACUCCAGAUGUAGCAGCAGACAGAGGACAGUUUACAGCACUUUUAAUACAUAAAAUAGUCUCUAGCAUGAAGCAGCUGUAUUGAAUAUACUGAUGUUUACAUCACAUCUGGAUAGAUUUUAAGAAAUUCUACUGGCAAGACGCUUUUAUCAAGGAACAAAUAGUAUUGAGUGCUAAUGUUUUAAACAACCGUCGCCAGUUUAGACCAGCAGUUUUUUGCUAUGUUGUUCCAAAUUUUGAUUUCCAAUGUUAAUUAUGCUUCCUAUGUUUUAAGUUUGAACUUCUUUAGAAACUAAACCAAAGGGAAUGACUAAAGCUAGCACUGUAAAUAUCGGCUCUACUGAUCUUUAAGCAGAACACAAACUGAAAUUCGUAAUGCUGAAUUCAUUUUGUGCUGAUGCUUUGAUGGUUUUUGCUUGACCGAUGAGCCAGUCAUGUACUUGAUUAAAUGAAGCCUUUGAUAAGUGUUUUGCUAUGUUUUCAGGCAUUGAAUUCCUGUGCUGGUGGGUUUUGCAUGUGUCUGUGCUGUAGACUUCCCGUCUGUGCACACAGACAUUGUUUUAGAGGCCUUAUCAUUACAGAGGUGAUGUAUGUUCCCUAGAUUGAUUACGUUAGUCCUCUGGAAUGCCCUGAAAUUGGUUGUUUUAUGUUUCCUUCUCUAAAUCGGUCAUUCUGUAGUUUUGGAUUUGAUUUCGUUGUGUGUCGGAAACCCAUCUUUGCUGUUGGUGUUUGAUGUUAUUGACUUGUUAUCGAUGCAAGAAUCAGAUUUUAAGUUAAUAUUUUCAUUUUUUGAGCAGAAAGGAACAGCCUUUUUAUAACAGAUUUUUAUGUUGACUAUCCAGGGUUCGGGACCAUUUACAAUAUAAAGAGUAUUUGUGGUCUGUUAUUGUUUUGUAUUUAUUUAUAGAGUUACUUGGUGAUACUUUACAUGCAUCUUAAGUGGUUUGUAAUGUUAUAUAUAUAGUUUUGAAAAUAUCACUUGCUUUAGAUUAUUCAGAGGCUGAAUAUACUUUAGCACUCAUCUCAGCAAUAUAUCAGACAAAUACUGAAUGCCUAAUGGGCUUGUUAGGUCUGGAUGCAGAAAAUGUUGCAUUUUUGUUCAUAUCACAUUUAAAUUCACACAGGCUAGGGAUUUAUUUAAAAUGACUACUAUUGAUAUCAAUGUUGUUGUUUUUUUGCCUUGAAGCUCUUAGACGUAAGAUCUAAAUGGCUUGUCAUCUAAUAUAAAAUGAAAAUAAUGUAUAGCACAUGUAGCAGUGUACAAGUAGCAUACAUCUGUGCUCUGGUACUGUGUGAGGAACUUCCACAAAAAUGGUCAACUUUGAAGUGUUAUUAAAAUGUGUAGAAUUUCCUGAA